CACAACUGUACACUGUACAGGUGUCAGCGGCUGAGCUGGCUGGGGCUCCAGCUUCAAGGUUGCUGAUCUGGCGCGAGGCAGCCGUGGGCAGUGGCGCAAAGGCACCAUUGCCGCUGGCACCUUCGUUGGAGAGGCGCACCAGUUUCUUCCGGGGUGGCAGAAGAGCAAAGCUGGUGGUGGUUCCUCAGAGUUGAUCUUGCAUGGGAGAAGAUUCCAUCAAGGGUGCCACUGGUUGUCGAGGCUUGAAAAUCGCACGUGUCAGUGUUGUGGACGACGUGCUGGUACAGCUUUUGAAUCCGAACUGACACUUCGUGUUGGUGUUUCCCUUGAAGCGCCCCAACCGAAUUUGAGAUGCCUUACAUAGGCAGACAUGGGUUGGAAACCCUGAAGCGGUACAAAUACAGUGGUGUCGAUAAUUCCCCUCUGGCGAAGUAUGUUUUCCAACCCUUUUGGCGGAAAUUCGUCCUCCUUUUCCCAACGUGGUAUGCACCAAACCUGAUCACCCUGACCGGCUUCUUCUUCAUUCUCCUCUCAAGUACAAUCAGCUAUUUUUAUACCCCAUUCCUGGACAACACUUGCCCUUGGUACAUCUACUUCAUCCAUGGCCUUCUCCUCUUUCUCUACCAGACAUUUGACGCUGUUGAUGGCAAGCAGGCGCGGCGAACCAAUUCCUCGAGUCCGCUCGGGGAGCUGUUUGACCACGGCUGUGACGCGCUCACAACCUCAUUUGAGACGCUGGCUCUGGGGUCCACCGUCAUGAUUGGAAACAAGGUCAUGUGGCUCUGGGCAACCGGCGUAGUCCCAUUCUACUUCGCCACCUGGGAGCAGUACCACACGGGCUGCCUGCUGCUUGGCUUUAUGAACGGCCCCACCGAAGGCCUGAUGAUCAUCUACUUCGUGCACUGGAUCACCGCCAUUUUCGGUCCUGAGAGGUGGCUUCUGGACUUCAGGACAGUGUUGGGGCUGCCCUCCGAUCUGCUGAUCGACCUUGUUCCAGAGCUGUGCCUGCGGGACCUGUGCCUGUUCUCGAUGCUCUUUGUUGGAGUUGCCGUCACGGUCUCAAUCAACAUCGUGAACGUGCACAAGGCCGUGAAGGAGAAGGGCGGCAGUUUAGUGGAAGCGUGGCUCCAAGUCAUCCCCUUCCUCUCCCUGCUCGCAAUGCUCUUGAUCUGGGCCAAGCUUUCCCCUUCCGACUUGGUCAGGACUCACCCUUUCCUCUUCAUCAUCGGUAGCGGGUUCGUCUUCGGGUUCUUGGUGGGCCGCAUGAUUCUGGCGCAUUUAGCAGACGAGCCCAAAGGUAUCAAGACGCAUAUGAGUACGGCCAUGCUCUUCAUUCCCCUAGGUAUAGCCAACGCGCUUACUGCACAGCUCUUCGACGGGCAGCCAAUCAUCCCCGAGUACUGGAUGCUGAUAGCUUACAACGUCUGGAGUGCUGGUCUCUACUUCUAUUUUGUGAGCAACGUAAUCGUGGAGAUUCAACAAGCCCUGGGGAUAUCGGCCUUCAAGAUCAAGAGGCAACCCGAGAAGGCAAGUUGACAGAAGAGACGGAGGUUAUGCGGAGUUAGGAUUUUUGCGUUAGCUGAGGUUGUUGUCAGCAUUUUGUGCACUGUACGGGCAUGCUACGUUAUCAGUCUAGCUAGUAUAGGUGAUCUGCGCAAUUCUUUGCCCCUUCCUGUGAAGGGAGUUGCUUGUGGUUGGAGGGACUAUAUGUCAAUUCUGUCAGUGGAUAAGCAGAGUUCUGGCUCUGUGGGUCCAGUCACAUGUACUGCUUUUGCUUUGAUCAUUGAAACGGAUGGACACUUCGUCAGGCUGUGCAAUGGCGAUUAAUAACAUGGUGGCAGUGGACCACCCAUCCGAUCACCCCA